AUGCCAAACCUAGUGUACUCUAAGUCUUCAAAAAGAAUUUCAUGGGAAACAAACACAGGCGUUGCAACACUCUCGCAUGUAGGUAUUGCAUCAAACAAGCAUGAUCUUAAACAAAUCGAGUUCCAGACAAUUCUUGGUGUCCUUAAAAUAGAGCAGAGUAGCGGGCCGAGUAGUGAAUAUCUUGUUUGUGUUACAGAAGGAUCAUUCAAGGGGAUUUAUCGCAAUGCAGAGAUCUACAAGAUUGAGAGAAUCAGAUUUAUCAACACAUGCAAUCCAGAGAAGACAGAGGAGAUCACUUCGCAGAUCAAAGGAUUCAUUCAAUCUCAUGAUUUUUACUACUUCUUAGGAUCUUCAUUUCUGGAGGAUGAGUUUGAAUGGAAUAAGCAUAUGAAAGUGAAUUUAUUAAGGUACUCCGAGCAAGAUUCAUGCGCAUAUAAACUUUCACACAGUCCACACUUGGGAAAAGACACAGACUUUGAGAUUUCCACUCUUUUCUGUGGAUUCUUUAUUGAAAGCAUAUUUAAGGCAUCCGCUGAAUUGUACAACAUGACGCUUCUUUCAUUGGUUUCAUCAAGCAAGGUUGGUACAAGAUAUUUAUGCAGAGGAAUUGAUGCAGAUGGAAAUGUUUCAAUGUUUGUGAAGACACGCUUUGUUAUCAGAUGUAAUAAGCAGACAAUGUUUGACUUCACGAUUGUCAGAGGAUCUGUGCCUCUCUUCUGGAGCCAAAAGGAGUAUGGAUUUCCAACAAAAGUAAGCAUAUGUGCUGAUGAACCAGGCGCGCAUAAGGCAUUCAUCAAACAUUUUGAAAAACUGACAAGGGAGUAUGGAAAGAUACACGUAGUCAAUCUUUUGGGUGAAAAGAAAGACGAGAAGCUGCUCACAUCGAGCUUUAGCAAGCUUUUAGAUACAGAAGAAAUCCCAUAUACAGAGUUUGACCUGAAUGCAUAUGCAAAUGACUAUGACAACAUGAAGUUUCUAUUGUACUUCAAGCUGCAGGAUGUAUGCAUGCAUGACGUGGUAUUCCGUGUAAAUUGCCUUGACUGCCUCGACAGGACGAAUGUUGCACAAUCAUUGAUAUGUAUGUUCUACCUAGAAAAGAUAGUUCAUGAUCGAGAGGUACUGAAGAGGAUGCAGGAAUGCUGGUCUGAGAAUGGGAAUGCACUGAGCAAUCUGUAUACAGGUUCGGAUGCAAUGAAAGGUGAUCUUGCGCUGCAAGGAAAGCGAUCGCUAAUGGGAUACAUGGACGACAUAAUUAUCUCUGCAACAAGGCUCAUCAAUGGAAGAUUUAUUGAUAAGCAAAAGCAUGGUAUUAUCAAUACACUUUUAGAAAAGAGCGGGGACAAUACAUACAAUGAGGAUAAUGAGUGA